AUGUGUGAUGUUUCCAACCAUGCAGUAGGAGCGGCACUGGCUCAACGCGAAGUAUCUGAAGUCGUUCCUUGGGGACUAACAGGAUUACUCAAGAAGCAUGGGAUAAUUCACAAAUUAGCAACAGCUUACCAUCCCCAGACCAAUGGGCAUGCAGAAGUCUCUAACAGAAGGAUUAAACGUAUUCUGGAGAAGAUAGUAAAGCCUCAUAGGAAGGACUGGAGUGCCAGGCUACAAGAUGCGCUCUGGGCAUAUAGAACAGUGUACAAGACACCCGUUGGGAUGAGCCCCUUCUGCUUAGUAUACGAAAAAGCUUGCCACCUUCCAGUAGAGGUGGAACAUAAGGCUUUCUGGGCUGUGAAGGAGUGCAACAUGAACUUUGAGGAAGCUGGUGCUGAAAGAAAGCUGCAACUAGCAGAACUAGAGAACCUUCGUCUAGAAGCAUAUGACAACUCCAGGCGAUACAAAGAAAAGAUGAAGGCUGUCCAUGACAAGCACAUAAAAAGGAGAGAAUUCAGACCAGGGGAGUUAGUUCUUCUAUAUAACUCCAGACUGAGGCUCAUGCUAGGUAAACUGAGAUCAAUAUGGGAAGGUCCAUACAGAGUCAAAAAGGUAGAGCCAUAUGGAGUUUUUCACCUGCGUCAUCCUUCCAGCUCCAAAUUCAUCAAGGUCAAUGGACAUCGCCUAAAGCUUUAUCAUGGUGAGAAGAUGAAGGAUCACAAAGAAUUCGAGGUCUUCCUCUUAGAAGACCCACCAACAGAAGCAGAAUGA